AUGUCCGUUUCCACACCGUUUCACGCGCUCCCGAGAGCCGAGGGACAGUGGUUGGUGGCAGCUAGCAAGGCCGGGGUUGAGAAUACCAGCCUGUUGGGCUUCCCACACCACCGGUCCGCCUCGAAGAUCACAAAGGCGCAGUUCCUUUCAUUCCGGACCAUAAUCAUCUCGCAUGACGCCGAGGAGUUCGAUCCGGCGUCAUGGCAGCUCGACCGCAAGGUCACAACAGCCCGUAACGAACUCGAAUAUGACGGUGACUUCAUAAGCCUGCUUAACGCGAUACACAACCCCAAUGCUCUGGAACCCACGGGAAAAUUCUCCCAGCUCCGCGAAAUGCACAAGGAAAUCUCGAAGCCCAUUGAUAGGAACUAUCCCGAAAAGCUCCAAAGCAGCGAUGAAUCGCCGGUGAACACUUCUCUCAUAUACCUGCUGAACGGCCUAACCAAGGUUAAGCCAGGUGCGCUGGGCGUGUGGCGCUACACAAAGGUACGCUUUGAGGCCAGUUUUGGGACUUUGCCCGGCGGUAUUACCAGGGGAAUGGUGGCCAUCUCGGAUGGUCAGCUACAGUCGAUAUUGACGCACGAGGUCUGGGCAAUCGUUGAAUGUAAGAGUUUGCGGAUCACCCCGACAUCCACCAGCGUGUUGAUGCAGGAGGCCGCAUUGUUUAUCGCAUGGAUGAAGGAGUACCAAACAUACCCGACGCAGCGUGUUUUAGUCUCCCAAGACGGCUUACACCUUUUCAUCACGUUUGCCGAGAUCGCACCAGAAUGGCUCAACUUCCUCAGGCGCAACAGGACUUCCGGCCCUCGAAGCUUUUUAAGACUGCAUCGGUUCGGCCCCUGGGACCUGGGCCGGGCCGACCACGUCAAGGAAGUUGCGGCGAUAUUACUAGCUAUCACAAGGUGA